AUGACCUCCACCACCACCACAGCAACUUCCACCACCUACACGACCACUCCCAAACCUAGACUCGGACUCUCGAGACCAGCACGCACCGGCCGAGGCCUCAGCGGCAUAGCUACAGCAUCAACCCCGAAUCUCAACCAGCUCUACUCGUCCCAGUCGCAGUCACAGUCCCAGUCUCCUCCGUCUCUGUCAUCGCGCCUUGUCCCGCCGGCGCUGUCGCGCAAGGCCUCCCACGCCGCCCUCACGCAGAACUCUCUGGCUACCAUCCCCGAUGAUACCGAAGCCUACGCUCUGAAUUCCGUCCUAAACACCACCGACAACGACACGAUGCCUCUUACUAUCAACCCCGGUACCAUGACCACCGGCGAUGAGAUCACUAUUGGUGACAUCGUCGAGGUCCCCGGCAACAUGACCGGUACCGUUCGCUUCAUCGGUUCAGUCGAUGGGCGCAAGGGUAUCUUUGCCGGAGUCGAACUUCACCGCGAGUUUGCCUCUCGCGGAAAGAACAGCGGUGAUGUCGAUGGUGUCUCCUACUUCAACACCAGCCUGCCCGGGGCUGGCAUCUUCCUCCCCCUAUCCAAAGCCGUCAAGCGGGAUGCCGGCAGUAGCUCCCUCCCUCGCACGCCCACCGAUGCUGUCCCACCCGGACCCGCGUUGAAGCUCGGAGGCCGUGCGUCGACUACCCCCUCUAUACGAAAGUUCAGCCAGUCUGUUGGGCCCGGUGCUGUUCGUCCGGAGUCGCCCAUGAGGCGGCUGCAGAUGACGCCCGGAUCGCGCCCUUCACUUGCCACACCAGGCCCUCCUGGACGAUUCCCCAGUCCACAGCCUAAUAAGUUUUCUCAGAGCGUUCGCGGAGUGCCAGGAGACACGGGCAAGCGGUUGCCCUCCCAUACGAGGAAAGGUAGUGUCGGACCUCGUAGUAUCUCCUCCCUCGGCAAUGCCCACCAGCCAAACUUUGACGACGACGAUGCCGCUUCCAUCAGCGGACACAAUGGAGGUGUCGCUGCCGGGUCUAUACCAGGAAUGAGGUUCCGCGGCCCCUCGCGGGCGGCCUCGCGCCUUGGUAGUAAUGCCCACGAGGAGGAGCUAGAGAAACUCAGAACUCAGCUUGAAGACCGCGAGAGGCAGCUGAGGGACCAGGCAGCAACACUGGUCGAGAUGGAAAGCAGUCUUACUGAGCUUCAGGCUCUCAUCGAGAGCUCGGAAGGCUCGUUGCGCGAUCGAUCACGACACGAAGAGUUCGAAGAUAAGGACGUUGCUCAGCUUCGAGCAUUACUGCAAGAAAAGAACGACAAGAUUGCCCUGCUGACUGCCGAGUUCGACGCACACCGGGCCGACUUCCGGAGCACUAUUGAUACCCUGGAGCUGGCGAGCUCAGAGACCCAAAGGAUCUACGAGACGAAGAUCGAGGAACUCAUGCAGGAGAAUCAGGAGCUGAGGGAACGAACCGAAGAUGUGGAUGCCGUUGCUAUACAGCUUAAGCAACUGGAAGAGUUGGUUCAGGAGCUGGAGGAGGGCCUUGAAGACGCCCGUAGAGGGGAGGCAGAGGCCCGGGGUGAGGUUGAAUUCCUCCGUGGCGAGGUAGAAAGAACGCGUACCGAGCUCCGCCGGGAAAGGGAGAAGGCGCAGGCCGCUAUUAACGGCGCAAAUGGCUCCCCGAACAGCGGCCCUCUUGCCAAGGAACUGGAACAGAAGGAGGAUGAGAUCAGAGGCCUUAAGGCUAUCAUUCACUCACUCAGCAGAGAUUCUGCUCCCGAUGAUGAUGAUGAUGCCAUGACGCCAACCGCCAAGACAGGCGAGUGCAUCGAGGAUCGUCUCGCUCGUGAGAAGCUUGAGCGCGAGGUCGCCGAGCUUCGCGCCAUGCUCGACAGCAAAGCCAGCCGCGAGGAGGAGCUCGAGCGUGAGAUUGAGAUACUGCGGAGAGGCAACGCUGCAACCGAGUCGAACCAUCGUUCUAGCACCAUGACGAUCGGCAGCAACAACGAGCGCAACUCGCAGCGUGAUUCGCGAAGCACUGUGGUACCUGUUCCCCAGAAUACGGACAAGGCUCUCAGGAGCCGGGGAUCAACUCUCGAGGCGAUGCCCGAAAGUGACUCCUACAGCACCGCAACCGACAACAGCACUCUCUGGUGCGAGCUCUGUGACACUUCUGGUCACGAUAUUCUUACCUGCACCAACAUGUUUGGCUCUACCAACGAGACCGAGAACGCCAACCAGAAGCAGCAGCAGAGCAAGUCGCAGUCUCUUGCCUCCGAAAUCGAGGACGAUGAUGAGGAGGCGGACGAGGACAAGGACGAUGAUGAGGAGGCGGACGAGGACAAGGACGAUGAUGAGGAGGCGGACGAGGACAAGGACGACAUCGUCAGCGCCAUGGGCUCCAUGACCAUCUCCACCAAGGACGACGACAUCAAGCCGGCGCCCCUUUCCCCUAGCAGGGCUCGGACCCAGCCCCUGACUCCUCAGCUUGCCUCGGCUGAGCUCGCUGCCCGGUCUACUACUCCCUUGGAGCCUAUCCCCACGGCUCCUAUCGUGCCAUCUGUCACUGUUGCGAAGGCAGCGCCCCUUCCCAACCUGAUGGAGUCGGGUCCCGUAGCCGGCAAGGAGAGCGGAAUCGUGGAUGCGUCCAAGUGGUGUGCCUUGUGCGAGCGUGACGGUCACGAUAGCGUUGAUUGCCCCUUUGAAGACGAGUUUUAG